AAAAUUUUUUUUAAAAUAAUAUAAUAAGAAUGAAAGAAAAGGUGGAAAUGAAGGUAACAGUUUGAAUGUCUGUUUUAAGCUGUCGUAUUCCAUCUUGAUUCUUGCUGUGAAUGAUUCCAUGGGAGUUAGGGUUCUAAGAGAGGAGGAAGGAGCUGUUAAUAUUAUUACUCUAUACUCGGACAACUCUCCAAGUGCUUCAAAUUCAAUCGCCUCUGCUUCUGCUGUUUUCCCUGAUGUUGAGAUGGUGAUUUUUUAGCGGGAAACUCAAUCUCAUGUGGUUUUAAAACAAGGUUGCAACUUGCUCUCAAAUGCUUUCCUACAUCAGUUUAAUUUGUUCAUAAGCUGUCUCAGUUAUCAAUUCAAGAAGCAUGAACUCUUCAUCUGCUCAGUUUGUCACCUCAAGGAUGCCUAUGUGUGAGCCUUUCCAACAGAUUGGCCUGUGGGGAGAAAAUUAUAAGAUUAAUGUCAAUUCAAAUACAUUGGCAUCAAUCAUUGUAGAGAUGGAUAAUAAACUAGACAAUGAGUCGGAGGAUACUUCACAGGGAACACUGGCACCUUGUAACAUGGAUGAUCAAGAAGCAUCUAAGCCAAUUGAUAAGAUACAGAGACGUCUAGCACAAAAUCGUGAGGCUGCUCGCAAAAGCCGUCUGCGGAAAAAGGCAUAUGUUCAACAAUUAGAAAAAAGUCGUUCAAAGCUGAUUCAUUUGGAGCAAGACCUUGAACGAGCUAGGCAGCAGGGUUUGUAUGUAGGAGGUGGAUUAGAAUGUGGUCAUCUGGGGUUCUCCAGAGCUGUUAGUGCAGGCAUUUCUGAAUUUGAGAUAGCUUACGGUCAUUGGGUGGAAGAACAGAAUAGACAAAUGUGUGAGCUGAGGUCUGCUUUGAAUAAUCAUAUAAGUGAUAUAGACCUUCACACACGAGUGGAAAAUGGAUUGAGCCACUAUUUUUACCUUUUCCGCAUGAAAUCAACUGCUGCAAAGGCUGAUGUUUUCUAUGUCAUGUCUGGCAUGUGGAAAACACCAGCUGAACGUCUUUUCUUGUGGAUAGGAGGAUUUCGCCCUUCUGAUCUUCUUAAGGUACUUGGGCCGCAGCUUCAACCCUUGACAGAUUCACAGUUUUACGAUGUUUUUAACCUUACACAAUCUUGUCAGCAAGCAGAAGAUGCCCUUACACAAGGCAUGGAUAAACUCCAGCAAACUCUGGCAGAGACUGUAGCAGCUGGUCAUCUUGGUGACUUGGUAAGUUACUGUAAUCCUCAGCCAGGAACUGCAAUGGAGAAGGUGGCUGCUCUAGUCAGCUUUGUGAACCAGGCUGACCAUCUUCGCCAGGAAACCCUGCAGCAGAUGGCUCGCAUCUUAACAACCCGCCAGGCAGCUCGAGGUUUGCUUGUCUUGGGAGAGUACAUCCAACGUCUUCGAGCUUUGAGCUCAGAUUGGGCUAAUCGUACUCGCGAGCUUGCCUAACCCUUAGUGUACAAAAACCUACAGCAUAGGUGGCAAGAAUCACAUCCAAAACUGUUUCUACAGUCCAAAAGUGUUUUUGGUUGUUGUUGUAUACAAAAUUAGCAGCAAUUCACGUUGCUGGCAUUUUUCAGGUAGCAACCAGAACUGAAAUCAGAGAUACAGAUAUGAAUAUAGUCGUAUUUACGGAAAACUUUGAUAUCAUAUCAAUUUUAGAUGCUGUCUUGUGCGUUGGUGUUGGAAGGGUGCAUUUAGGUUUUACAUUUUGAGUCAUGUACCGGUUGAAACUGUACAAUGUAAAUCUCUAUAGAAGGUUCUUUCCAUAAUUUAAAUCCAACC